AAAUAGCGGAGGAUUUGGUGCUGGUGCCUAUGGCGGAAUCUUUGGUACUGGUACAAUUAGUGGAGGUUUUGGUGCUGGUGGAAUUGGUGGAGGCUUUGGUGCUGGUACAAUUGGUGGAGGCUUUGGAGCUGGAGUCAUUGGUGAAGGUUUUGGUACUGGUGCAAAUAGUGGAGGCUUUGGUGCUGGUGCAAAUGGUGGAGGCUUUGGAGUUGGAGCCUCUGGUGCAGGCUUUGGUGCUGGAGCCAUUGGUGAAAAUUUUGGCACUGGUGCAAAUAGUGGUAGCUUUGGUGUUGGUGCGAAUGGUGAUGGUUUCGAUGGUAAAGAUUUUGAUCCUGUUGACUAUAUUAAAAGUUUUAGUGAAGGUGCAAAUUUGACUAUUGAUCCAUUUAUUGGACCACUAUGGACUCAUUUAUUUGGUGGAGCUUUUCGUGGCGAAUUGCAACAUAUGGCAUUGGUCGGUUGGACGCGUGCCAGCGGUAAAAUUGAUUACCUCUGUGGUGGUAGCUUGAUCGGCGAACAGUUCAUACUGACUGCGGCACAUUGUAAACAGGAUGAAAGUGGCCUCCGUCCGGAUACAGUGCGGUUGGGUACCCAUGAUGCCAGAUAUGCACAGCAAAUUGCGAUUCGUGAUAUAAUAGUACAUCCGAGGUAUGACGAUUAUACCAAGUACUUUGAUGUGGCGUUGAUUGAGCUAGGACAAAAUGCAUGGAUUUCGCCAGCAGUAUGUCCGGCAUGUUUAUGGCAAGAGGGCGAGUCACCUUCUGGUCCCAUGGAAGCGAUUGCAUUUGGAGUAACCAAUCUAAUCGACGAUCCGAGUCCAACUCUUCAACGUAUUGUGCUGAGCUACAGAUUGAAAGAAGAAUGUGAAAAAGUACUAACUACCAAUAAAACUAGGAUCCCCCAGGGUGUUCGGGCGGAUCAAUUCUGUGUAGCUGGCAAGGAUAUGGCCACUUGCGCGAGUGACUCCGGUAGUCCGGUUGAUGUGAAACGGGUGGACAUAAGUGGUUCCAUGAUAUCGCUGAUUAACGGUGUGGUUUCGUUCGGAACAGCCUGUGUUCCCGGUUUGGUCGGAGUAUAUACUAAAGUAAGCGAGUACGUGGAAUGGAUCGAACAAAUGACACAAACGUCAAUGAGUUAUAGAGCUUGUACCAAGGAAAUAAAGUGUUUUAGAAAGCCUGGCGAGCCUAGUAACAUGAACAUAAACCUGUUCAAAACCAACAGUCGGUUUGGUCUUCUGUGGGACGAGCUCGAAGGCUCCCCGAACGAGUGUGGAGCAACAUUGAUCGACUAUCAGUAUCUUCUUACUACGGCUUCCUGUGUAACGACGAGCAAGGGUCACCCGAAGUUUGUCAUUUCCACUCGUGGCGAACGUGUAGCGAUUUCAAAUGUUUACGUGUCGCAUAAUUAUAGUUCACCAACAAAUGACAUAGCACUACUGAAGAUUGACAAGUACGCUAAUCACAAUGUAUACCCGCCCGUCUGUUUAUGGGACUAUCAAAGCGAUGGGAAGUAUCAAUUUUCUCCAGAAUUUAGCGCAUACGGACUGGAGGAACCUAUUGGCGAGUCUAGUGAGUCCCUUUUCGUUACUGAUCGCACUGGUUCGGGAUGUGAGGAGGAGCUGGUAUCGGGAACAGAUUUGCAGUGCUUUCAUAAUGAGGUACCGCUAAUGCCGGGAGUAUGUUGGAUGGAUCACGGUGGACCUGUUAUUGGCAGAACACAUUCGUCUAAAACAGUACAUAUGUAUGGCGUUGUGUCCCCGUUAAGUAGAAGCUGUGGAUCAAAUCUGUUUAUGGUCGAUGUAACACCACACAUUCCAUGGAUAGAAGCAAUAGUCUUCGGUAAUGAUACACCUCAGAGUGUAAAGAUUCAAGAGAUUUCGUUUACGCUUAUGACGAUGUUGGAUCUAUUACCAACUUUGCUAUCGAUAGCAAGUUUAGCCCGGGGAUCAGAUUUUUUAGAUAAUCCACCCGUAAAUUACACUACAGGAAAGAGUUUUGAAGAUUGUGAGCUACGCUUCCCAGCUACAAAGGUAGAUGAAUCCAGUCAUAUUGAAUCGUACGGUGGGGAACGAGCCUAUAAAGGAGAGUUUCAACACAUGGCCGCGAUCGGUUGGACCAGAUCAGGAGCAACAAUCGAUUACCUUUGCGGGGGCAGUUUAAUAACUUGGAGAUUCGUUUUAACAGCUUCUCAUUGUUCAGUUGACUCAAACAACCUUCCACCGGAUACAGUACGAUUGGGAGACACAGAUCUCGCUAGCACGGAUGAUGACGAAUCGGCACAACAAAUUCCGAUCGCACGCUUCAUCAAACAUCCACAGUAUCGAGAGUCAAGAAAGUACUACGAUAUUGCAGUUGUAGAACUCGAGAAAAACGUUAUACCAAACAUCGCAAUUUGUGUAGCGUGCGUAUGGCGUGAACUGGAAGCUCCGGGAGAUUUGCUGGACGCGGUGGGAUUUGGUGCUCUUGGGUUUGGAGAAAAGUUAAGCCCAACCCUGCAAAAGGUAAAAUUACAGGCCGUAGACGCGUCGAUAUGUGCUGACCGUUUACCAACGAAUCGACGUCAAAUGCCGGAAGGCUUGCGUGACGAUCAGUUGUGUGCGCAUAGUGAAACCAUGGACACAUGUGAAGGCGACUCGGGAGGCCCACUACAAACGGAUCGACACGAUUUGUUCGGCAACACCUUCCCACUUGUGGUAGGUGUGGUAUCGUUUGGAACUCCUUGCACUGAUGGGUCGACAGGAGUGUACACAAGGGUUAGCUCGUACCUAGAUUGGAUCGAGAAGGAAGUAAAUCAGUCGCUUAGCUACGAGGUUUGUACUGGAGUGAACGUUUGCGAUCGUAAACUCAACCCUUCCAUAUCUGCUACGAUUGAGCCGAAAUGGACAAACAGUCGCGUUGGACUGUUGUGGAAGGAAACCGAAACGGACAUCUAUCAGUGCGGUGGAUCCCUGAUCGAUUAUCAGUUUGUUAUUACGUCGGCAGACUGUGUAACUUCUAACAAAGGAACUCCAACAUACGUAGCCUCUAGCUCUAACAGUGAUCGUGCUGCUAUAGAAGAAGUGUUUGUUCAUCCACGGUUCAUAAAGGGACAACCUUACUUCGAUAUCGCCAUUAUAAAGCUACGAAAGUAUGCAAAUUUAGAUGAAUUGUAUCCGGUUUGUUUAUGGUCACAGGAGAGGCAUGGUGACUGGAGACAAUUCAAUCUUCUGGCAGGAGCAUCGGUACCGCAAAUGCGAAGCUACGUGGAAGAAUUCAAUAUCAGCGUGAAAAGUUCUGUACAAUACUACGUUCAUGGUAAAGACUGCAGUGUAGGGGAAAAUGUUGCUCACAACGAUUUGAAAUGCAUUAGUAACGAUCCGACACUGGUGCCAGGAUUGUGUGAGGUUGACUAUGGAGGUCCAGUAAUGACGAAAUAUUACGAUGAACAGUUCAAGGUACAUGGUAUUGUGUCCCGUUUGACGCAGGGCUGCGGAAGCGAUGUGAUCUUCACUAGUUUGGCACUUCAUAGGAAAUGGUUGGAAUCGAUCAUCUUUAAACAGUUGAAUGAGAGGCUGGUAUUUAGUGAUAAGUGAAGUUAAAACAAUCGUAAUAAAAUAGCAAAUAGUUAAGUUCGCCAA